CGUUCGCUAUUGCAGCCGUCAGUUCGAUGGCUUUGCAACCAAGCAGAGCGGACCAAUAUAUAUAUCUUACAUAUCGCGAUACUUUUUGUGGCAGCAAAGCCCGUGUGCGGGAUCGCAAGGUCAUCCGUAAUAUCGUCCUUAAACACUGGGCUCAAUCUGGGACUCCUCCUGACGAACAACAUCUCGACAAGACAAUCUCUGUGUUGAAGACGCUUCUUAAAGACCGCGUCUUCGAGUUCGAAAGGCGAGCAAGGAAGGCUUUCCCAGAUCUCUUUGCCAAAUCGCCUCAAUCACCGCAUGCUGUCGCGCGUUCAAGCAUUAAUGGCGUAACGUCGAAUGAAUCCAAGAACACUGAUCACAGAAGGUGCAAAGACAACAUCACAAGUCUAGACCCUCAAGUAUCAUAUGGAGCUCCAACCGUUGAGUCGCAACUUAUACAAUUCCCUUACGAAGCCCAGCACCAUGUGCUAUCACGGGUACAGCGACUGCUGGAAGAAACCUGCUUCUGCUUCAUGGAAAGAUGGUUUCCUUCCACGCUCGUUCUGAACAAUUGGACCUGUGCAGCUGCCAUCGAGCUGACGAAAUCCCUCUCAAUCAUCAAAAAUUAUCUCCACAUGCUUCCUCCCGGCUGCAUGGAUAUUCCAAAACAAUCUUUAUUCCUGGAAAUCGCUCCAGACAUUGCCCAACUUCGUCAUACUGCGGUACAUCGGCUGCACCUACAACAAGAUAAAUUCUUGCAACAGAUUGACUGUGCCCGUACACUAGCAGGUCUCCUGCAACAUUCUGAUAACCAGAAUUUACUGCAAACUUUGCACAGCCAAGUGGACGCACAAGCUAAGAAGCUGGAGUACGAUUCAAAAAUUGUGAAGCAAAAGGCGGACUGCAUACUUUCUCAGCUGUCAACCCAAAGAGAGGUACUUGCGCAGAGGGAACAGCAAUUGCGCGACUUUGUUGCAAAAAGAUUUGUUGAACUUGCAGCGGUAGCGGGAAGGGAGCUUUUGGAACCUUACAAAGCUGUCCCAUCUACUGGCGGUUCAAAAAACUUGCAAAAGUGUGAUGGAGCUCACAAGACAAUUGGUUUUGGAGCGGUUGUUGACGAAAAUGAUAUUGAAAGUGAUGAGGAUCGAUUGCAAGCGGAGCUAGGGUGAAUGAUUACUCGUGCGAGGCUCCAACCCUUUCGGUGUACGGAAGUUGUGAGGAUAAAUACGCCAAUCAACUACCUUUCACUCACUCGCUUCUAAGAGUCGGGAUUCAAACGACUAUGUUACCUAAGGCUAUGAAAUUCAUUUAGGUUGCGCAAUGUGAACCCUUGGCCUGAACGGCGAUCGCAAUUUGCCAAAAGGAUUUCGUUUUGGAAUACCGGUAGACCAAAAGCCGUUACUGUUUGCGUUGCGCAACGCGACGUUCUAACAUUCAAGCUAGCUCUGCCUCAAUAACACUUUCCACAGAGUGAGGUG